UCGGGGAUACCGUAGCCUAGGAAACGGGUGUAGCUACAAGACAACAACAUUGAUAAGUCAAUUUCCCUAUCGUGUUACAUAAAUCUUCAUAAAUAUUCGCUUUAUAUCACGUUUAGUAUCACCUGCAGUUUCAUUUAAAUCUUGGUUAACCAGUGAUUGCAGCUUUUGUGUGGGCCAGAGUGAAGAAUUUUUUGACAGAUCAAAGUAUGGCUGGCAGAUUUUGAGUGCGGCGACGAGGUUCUAGUGGAGUCGUCGCCGCCCGCUUCGCCAGACAUGGCGGCGCGACUCGCGGCCCCCACUCAGGGAACGAGUAACGGCGCGGGCGGCGGCGGGUCGCCGAGCGCGGUGCGCGAGCUCAUCGUCAUCCCCGAGCUGCCCAACUCCAUACAUCUGCAGCACGCCAUACAGCAGGUGUCGAGCACUGUGCAAGUGGAGGUCAACGGUGAGAGCUCCGGCCAGUCCAGCCCCACCACUGAAGCCCAGCACACCUACAUAACCGUUGCAAUGCAGGACUCGUGGCGUGGCAGCGAGGCGCUGACUGUGAAGACCGAGGCCGACAGUGACCAAGAAAGCGAGGGCGGUAACGGCGUGAACUACCAUGUGCAAUACGUGGAGCCUCAGGAGCUGUACGGGCAGAACCACCAGCAGCAAGCAAUGGAGACGCUGCGCACGUACCCGGUGUACGGCGUGGCGACGGUGGGCAGCGGCGACGCGGGCCCCAGCGACUGGCCGGCCGGCGCCUCCGCCGACUACACGGCCUACGGAGUCGUGGUGAGUCUGAACAAGGUGGGCGGCGACGAGACAGAAGCCGAGGCCGGGUCUCCGCCCACGCCGCCCGCGCCGCAGCCGCGUAUGCCGCCUGCCACCGUGCAAUGGCUGCUCGACCACUACGAGACUGCUGAAGGCGUGUCGCUCCCGCGUUCGACGCUCUACGCGCACUAUCUUCGUCACUGCAGCGCGCACCGCUUGGAGCCCGUCAACGCGGCGUCGUUCGGCAAACUCAUCCGCUCGGUGUUCCUCGGGCUGCGCACGCGCCGGCUCGGCACGCGCGGCAACUCCAAGUACCACUACUACGGCAUACGCGCCAAGGCGGGCAAUGACGCGCCGCCGCCGCCUGAUGCUAAUGAAGAGAAGAACGAUGCUAUCGAUGCGCUGGAGGUCCGCGAGCCCGAGCCGGAGCGCGAGGCGGUACACAGCCCGGCGGGCCUGGCCGGCCUGGCGCACCGGCAGUACCUGGGGCCCACGCCGGCGCCCGACCCGCCGGCCCUAUCGCUGAGCGACCACCCGCCCGACGCCGGCGCCGCCGCCGUGCGCGCGCUGCGGGACCACCACAGGUGA